AUGCUGCGUCAGGACCUGCCGUGGCCUCGGCUGGGCUUCCUGGGACUCGGUGGUUGUGGGCUGAUUGUAAAGCCUGGAAUGACUCUUAGAAACUGGGCGUCAUUCUUUGUGGUUUUCCAAGCUUGGUCUCUGAUGUUGCUCCAGGUCUUAGGAGACAUGCUGAAUAUUUAUUAUGCUUACAUUCAAGCAACAGUAACCCUUAAAGUUGAUGUAGCUCCCCGUCUUUUUUUCUCAGAAGGAGGAGCACUGACGGAACAUUUUUCCAGUAUGGAUUCUUUCCAGCUCUGAGAAGCUGGAGGCACAUGGAUCCCUCGGCCAGCUCCCAUCUAUGGACGUGCUGUAGUCACAAGGACUGUGACAAAGGCUCAGUCCCUGAGGAGUGCCUUGGCAUGGGCUGCUUUAGGCUGUAAACACCCGGUUUUAUCCACUUUAUGUGAAGAAGGCCAACAAGGGGCAUGGAGUGUGUUCCGCAGGUUUUAGCGGCUGCGGUGGCUGGUGCUCAGUGGGGAUGAUGGAGGGACGGCUCCUCCCUCUGUGGGCCCCGAGGUCUGUGCGGGAAUCAGCUCUGCAGCUGUGUCCAGGGGCAGCCGUAGCCCACACACAGCAGGCUCACAGCUCUGUUCCACGAGAACUUUAUACACAAAAGCAGAUGGGCUGGGCUUGGCCUGUGGAUCAUAAUCUGCUGACCCCUGGGGCAACGUUGGCUGCAGCAGAGAAGGCUGCUCCCCAGUGGGGCAUGUGCUCAGCCCGCAGCCCCCACCCUCCGGACUCCGUUCGCCUCCUCUCUCAGGUUUGCACUCGUCAUUGUCUUCUAAUUUUGCAUCCCUGGACUGCAUGGCCUACAAGGUCUCAGCACAACAAGACUCUAUGAUUCUGUCUAUUGGAACAAAAAGCCAGUGAGGCAAGUGUAUCAUCAUGUUGAUGAAUUCAUAGGAUUAACUCUGGGAGUUGGGGACAGUUUGUAUUCUUCCUCCAGACACUCUCUGCUUCUCCUGGAUGGAAAGGUUCUGCUAGUCGUCCCGUGGUCAGGCCCAGCCAAUGGAACGGAAUGGAAGUGACUCUGCCCCUUAUUGGCAGAAACUUUAAAAGCCGCGCAACGUUCCCGCGCCUUCCCCUCUGCCGUGAGCCUGGCUGUGCUCAGGAUGGGAAAAUUAUUUCACCUGGGCCUGAGGAUACAGGCGCUACUCCCAGCCUGCAGUGGAAGAGAAGCACGGACAAGUGAUUAAGCUUUGUGUUUUCAAGCCACAGAGGUUUUUUGAGGUUGUUUGCUACCGUGCUUUGUCCCUGCAAACACAGUCAUGGAGAAGGCCAGCGGCAGAGCCUGAGCCGCUCGUGCAUCUGUUCACCAGUAUCCAGAAUAACAAUAGAUUUGUGAAACAUUCCUGAGAAAAUUCUGGGAGUUGCAUAUGGGCCAGUCUUAUUCUCUAAAGUUGUUCCUUCUAAAGGGUGGGAUGACUGAAAAUUUCAGAAAAGCAAACCAUUGCUGAAAGGCAACAUUAUUUCUGUUGGCAGAAGGCGGCUUGAGCAAUCUAGAUUUUCCAUGGUUCACCAACUAGUUUUUAAGGAAAUAUGGCCAUGAGAGGAAUAAAACAUGAUUCCUACCUUUAAGGAACUCAGAGAAGUGAAUUAAAGGAAGUCACAGAUCAGACAACCAACCACACAAAGUUUCUAAGAGCAAACUGUUAAGGUCGGCAAGUCACUCUUAUCCACUGUUUUACCUUCUGAGGUUUCAGUUACUCUCAGUCAAUCGUGGUCCAAAAACAUUAAAUGAAAAAUUCCAGAAAUAAACAAUUCAUACGUUUUAAA